CCUCCUCGCGUUUCAGGCGGGGUGGCAGCAAGUGGGGUCUCUGCUCCGGCCCCCGCAGGCUGGGGCUCUGGUGUCGGUGUUCGCGGGCUCGUACGCAGCCGAGCAUCGCUCCGCAGACACUGAAAAGAUGGCUUCAGAUCUGGAACAAUUAUGUUCUCAUGUUAAUGAAAAGAUUGGCAACAUUAAGAAAACUCUGUCAUUAAGAAAUCUUGGCCAGGAACCUGCCUUGAGGAAUAUAUUAAGUAAAAUAGGAGCUGAAAUCAUUAUAGUAAAUGAACUUCUAAAUGAAUUUGAAUUGGAAAUCCAGUAUCAAGAACAAACCAACGCUUCAUUGAAGGAGCUCUGUGACUCUCUUGAAGAAGAUUUCAAAGAUGUGGAACAUCUCAAAGACAACAUUCCUUCCCAUUUGCCUCAAGUAGCAGCAACCCAGAGCUUGGUUAAUGAAUCAGAACGUAACCUUCAAGAACCAGUCAAAGUUGAAGAACCUGUACCAGCAAAGAAACCCUCAAAAGAACAAAGAAUUAUUAAAGAAAUGCCAUUUAUAACUACUGAUGAGUUCAAUGGUGUGCCAGCAUACAUGAAAUCUCGUUUAACCUAUUGUCAAAUUAAUGAUGUUAUUAAAGAAAUCAACAAGGCAGUAGCUAGUAAAUACAAGAUCAUGCAUCAACCAAAAGCAUCUAUGAAUUCUGUGAAUAGAAAUCUGUACCACAGGUUUAUUAAUGAAGAAACAAAGGACACUAAAGGUCAUUAUUUCAUAGUGGAAGCUGACAUAAAGGAGUUCACGACUUUGAAACCUGACAAGAGAUUUCAUGUCAUCCUGAAUAUUUUGCGACAUUGCCGGAGGUUGUCAGAGGCCCGAGGGGGAGGACUUACCCGCUAUGUCAUAACUUGAGGCCUUUGCGAUCAUUGGAACUGACUGGAAGUAGUGUGUAGAAGCUAGUCUUAUAGUUUAAUUACAUAUAAUUUCCUGGUCUUGUUUCUUAUAGAAAUAAAACCUCUUUUGGGUAAAGCACAUACAUUUUCAAAAUUGACUGCCUUUAGGAAAAUAGAUGGAAAUGGAACCAUCAUGUUAAGCAAAAUAAGCCAGACUCAGACAAAUACUGCAUAUUUUCUCAUAUGCAGAGCCUAGAUUUGAAGUUACAUAUGUGUGUGCUUAUAAAUGUGUAUAUGUGGAACUAGAAAGGGGCUCAAGAGGGAAGAGGUCUUAAGGAAGGAGGUAAAGAGGGUAAUGGACAUGUACCAGGAAACAGAAGAGGGGAGUGUUUGGGAGCCAGCCAGAAGGGAUUAGGAAACACAGGGGAGGGCAAUGAGAGAGGGACAAGUUAGAACAAAAUGUAACGACUAUCCAAAUGCAAUAAUGAAACCCGUUGCCACGUGUGCUUACUUAAAAUUAAUUUUUAAAGCUCCUUGCUUUUUAGCUGAUAUUUAAGCAUCUGCCAUAUAAAGGGUAUGUGCUGGCACAGAAUAGAACUCACGUCUACUUUGUGUGUACUGACAGUGCUGUAGACCUCAGUGACAUGGGUAUAGAUGUGACACUGGGAAAGAAAUGUUAAGAUAAGGCCAAAGAUAAUUCCAUCAAAGACACUUAACAUGUUUCUUAGAAGUGGGUUUGAAGGCAGCCUGGCCAGCUGACUGAUGUGCCUUCCCCAUGUGUCCUUAAGGAGCAGCUGUGUAAUGGAAGUGUAAUGACAUAUAUCUAGACACUGAUUGUAUAAUAAAUACAUAUUGCAUCUUU